GAAGGAGGGGAGGGGGCGGCUGGAUCUCUCUCUGUCUAUCUCCUCUUCUUCUGACCAGUACAGUGUACGGGCAGUGAGGGACAGCGGCCGCUCCCUGCAGCGGCUUCGGUCCGGCACUUUGGUCCCGCUUCCCCCUGCCGGCUAGGCACCAUCUCUAACGGGAGGACAAGCACGGCGGGACGCAGGGAGAGAAGGAGAAGGAUGAGCGACCCGGGCAAGAGCUCGGCUUCGGCUUCAUCCGCCGCCACCACUACGGCCACGCCGGCCCCCGGCUCGGACACUUAUAAAGGCUGGCUGUUCAAAUGGACCAACUACCUGAAGGGUUACCAGCGCAGGUGGUUCGUCCUUAGCAACGGGCUGCUAUCCUAUUACAGGACCCAAGCGGAGAUGGCUCAUACAUGCCGCGGCACCAUCAAUCUGGCCACAGCGCACAUCGACACGGAGGACGCCUGCAAUAUCGUUCUGAGCAGCGGGGGGCGCACCUACCACCUGAAGGCCAGCACGGAGGUAGAGAGGCAGAAGUGGGUGACCGCUCUGGAGCUGGCAAAAGCCAAGGCCAUCCGCAUGAUGAACGAUCAGUCUGGCAGUGUCCAAUCUUCCCCUCCGCCACCGAGCGUUCUCCCCGGUAAUGGCCUACCAAUGUCGUUUCCGACGCACAGUCACUCUGAUGACUCAGGUGAGGAGGAGCCCACGUCCCGCUCUGACCGCAGUGAACUGCAGGGGGCGCUGAAGACCUUGGCCAGUAAGCUGGAUGACCUGUGUACGUGUAAUGAGCUGAUAGCGAAGCACGGCGCGGCCCUGCAGCGCUCCCUCAGCGAACUCGAGGCCCUGCGUGUCCCACUCGAGGGUAGCGAGAAGAUCAAGGCCGUCAAUGAGAGAGCCACUCUGUUCCGCAUCACCUCCAAUGCUAUGAUCAACGCAUGCCGUGACUUCCUGGAGCUGGCGGAGAGCCACAGUCGCAGAUGGCAGCGGGUCCUACAGCAUGAGAGGGAACAGCGCACUCACCUGGAGGAAACCAUCGAACAGCUGGCUAAACAGCACAACAGCCUGGAGAGAGCGUGGAGAGAGGCCCCUACACACUCCACCAACACGCCAGACACACCCACCACACACACUGGAGUGAGUGAGAGGCCCCGAAAAGAAGAAGCGAGUGAUGAAGAUGAAGAUACAGAAUAUUUUGACGCCAUGGAGGAUUCACCUGCAUUCAUCACAGUGACCGCCGCUGAUCCCUCACAGCACAGGCGUUCUCAGAGUAAUCAAAGUGGUGCCAGUGGUGGGCAGCCCAGUGACUGGAACCUGGAGGACCAUUCAUCUCCAAGCUAUAAUGAUCUGUCCGGGAGGGAGGUUCAGCCACGCAGGAAGAGGCGAACCCGAAUCCCAGACAAACCCAACUACUCCCUGAACCUGUGGAGCAUCAUGAAGAACUGCAUCGGCAAAGAGCUCUCCAAAAUCCCCAUGCCUGUGAAUUUUAAUGAGCCUCUGUCGAUGCUGCAGCGGUUGACGGAGGAUUUGGAGUACAGUGAGUUGUUGGAUAAAGCUGCUCGCUGUGAGAAUUCUCUGGAGCAGAUGUGUUUGGUCGCGGCGUUCUCCGUCUCCUCCUACUCCACCACCGUCCACCGCACAGCCAAACCCUUCAACCCUCUGCUGGGGGAGACAUACGAGCUCGACCGGCUAGAGGAGUUUGGCUACCGGUCACUAUGUGAACAGGUAAGUCAUCAUCCUCCAGCUGCUGCCCAUCAUGUAAUGUCACAGCGAGGCUGGACCCUGUGGCAGGAAAUCACCAUUGCCAGCAAGUUCCGUGGCAAAUACCUGUCCAUUAUGCCGCUGGGUGCCAUCCACCUGCAGUUCCAUGCAAGUGGGAACCACUAUGUAUGGCGAAAGGUCACGUCCACUGUGCACAACAUCAUCGUGGGCAAGCUGUGGAUUGACCAGUCAGGGGACAUUGAUAUUGUAAACCACAGAACCAAAGAGACGUGUCAGCUCAAGUUCUCUCCUUAUAGCUACUUCUCCAGGGAAGUUCCACGCAAGGUGACUGGUGUGGUGGCGGACAGUGAGGGUCAGGCACACUACAUCCUGUCUGGGACGUGGGACGAGAGAAUGGAGAGUGCAAAGAUUGUCCAGAGCAGCCGGGGCAGCAGUGGAGCAGAGGGCAAGCAGAAGACCGUCUACCAGACUCUGUCACCCAGACUGCUGUGGAAGAAAUACCCACUACCAGAGAACGCUGAAAACAUGUAUUACUUCUCGUCUCUGGCUCUGACACUGAACGAGGAGGAGGUGAGCGUGAGUUUGACAGACAGCCGGCUGCGGCCGGACCAGCGGCUGAUGGAGGAGGGCCGCUGGGAUGAGGCCAACACGGAGAAACAGAGACUGGAGGAGAAACAGAGGGCUGUCAGGAGGAGGAGAGAGGCAGACGCCUCCAACGCCGUGGACGAAGAGUUUGAGGUUGACUCUGAGUCUGGUCGGGAGUACGAGGGCUACCAGCCGCUGUGGUUCCAUCAGAGGAUGGACCCUCUGACCGGAGAGACGAGUUUUGUGUAUAAAGGAGGUUACUGGGAGGCCAAAGAGAGGCGGGACUGGAGUAUGUGUCCGGACAUUUUCUGAAACACUUCUACUGAACUGAGAGAGAAAAACAGACAGAAUGGAGGAUGGGAAAGAACGAGGACCGUCAGGACUGACUGACGAAGGCCUAGGAGCUUGACUCCCGUCUCAGGAGGCCACAGCAACCAGGACUGUGUGGAACUCUGAGUGUGUGAGCGGACGUGUGCGUGUGUGUGUGUGUGUGUGUGUGUGUUUGCACUUUUCACACAGGCAAAAAAUCACAGAUCACCACACAGACUCACACUAUGAAGGGAAAUGGACAGACUCGGACAACUGAGCCGCACAGCCUCUUCAAACACUUACCCAAAAGCUGUGUGUGUGUGUGUGUGUGUGUGUGUGUGGGUGUGGGUGUGUGUUUGCAAGCGAAAAGAAGGGGAGGUUAACUGUAUUGCCAAAUGCUUGGCCCCCUUGAUUGCUUCCAAACCAAAUCAGGUGCUCUUUAUUCAGAAACACCUUCUCCUCUCUCUGUAUGUCUCUCGCUCACAGUCUCCCUCCCUCUGUUUUCUCUGAAAGACACAGGAGGAGCUUGAAGAAGAAGGAGAUUCCACAGAUGCAUUAUUUAGAAGAGAUCAUUAAAAUGUGCACAGAUUAUUCUGCCU